AUGACUAUAUCUACUCUUGGUAACGAUUCCGGCAAGCGCAGUGCUGGCAGCAAGAAUGGUGCGACGGACUUGACGUAUGGGAAGAAGUGUUUCACCCGGGAGGAAUGGAAGGAGCAGGUAGCCAAGUAUUCGGCCAUGGGCGAGCUAUACGCGAACAAGACCAUACAUUAUCCGCUGAAGAUUCAGCCCAACAGUAUCGGCGGCGCUGAGGGUGAGGGCUUCUCCACCAUACAGACCACUCCGAUAGAGCCCACCCUACCCCGGCUCCUGCUCAACUACUUUGUCUCCAUGGCCUAUGAAGAUUCGAGCGUCAGAAUGGCCAAGGAGCUCGGGUUCAUACGCAACAACAAGGACAUUGCGCUUUUCAAUGACUUGUACAAGAUCAAAGAGCGUUUCCAUAUCAAACGCCUGAUCAAACUGGGUCACAUCAACAAGGCAAUGGACGAGAUAAACUCGAUCUUUGGGUUGGAGGUGCUGGAAGAGACUUUCAACGCCACGAGAAAUGAUGCGGAUAGGACGGAGAAACAGCAGCAGCAGCAGCAAUUUGAUAUAGAUGGAGACCUGCAUUUUAAAUUGCUGCUGCUCAAUUUGAUCGAAAUGAUAAGGAACCAUCAUCAGCAAAAGGACGUGUCCGGAGAUUCGAACGACUUUAUACUCAAUCUGAUUGAGUAUUCUCAGAAGAAACUUGCCGUGAAGGCCUCGUCCAAUAUCAAAAAAAUGCAAGAAUUAGAGCUAGCGAUGACUUUGUUACUUUUCCCUCUGUCUGAUGCGACGAUCGACAAUGACAGCAUUAAACUGCCCAAGUCCCUACAGAAUCUGUACUCGAUAUCUUUAAGAUCCAAGAUAGCUAAUUUGGUCAAUGAGAAAUUGCUAAAGUUUAUUCAUCCAAAGAUUCAAUUCGAGAUCAGUCACAAUAACUCCAAGUUCUCUGACCUGUUGAACUCCGAUAAAAAGAUUAUUACACAGAACUUCACGGUGUACAACAACGAUCUCGUCAAUGGCUCGAACGGCACGAAGAUAAAUCACAUUUCUUCCGACCAGCCAAUCAACGAAAAAAUGGCAAGCAACGAGGCCGCGAGUGCUGGUAAUCCAGUUUGGCUGAAACAAAGGGACGGGAAUGUUGAUACAAGUUCAACCGCGACAAUUUUCCAAAACUUAGAAAAUAAAAACUAUUGGAACCAAACAUCAGAAUUGUUGACCUCUUCAGAUGCGAAAACAAAAGACUCACAACAGUUUAACAACUACUAUUCUUCUGAAUUCCCCUAUGAGCCAAGAUUGACGCAAAUAAUGAAGUUGUGGUCCUGGUGUGAAAAUCAACUUCAUCACAACCAAAUAGGUGUGCCCAGGGUGGAAAAUUAA